AUGUGUGAUACUCGAGGACGGCUGCCGGCGGCAUGCGAUCGCGGAAGGUUGCGCGCCCGCCCCUUCACACGCCGGCUUUGGGCGGAUGAGACGGCCCGGUUUUACUACUCCGAAACCACCGCCAUCACAGUGAUGCUGCGGGUGUUCAACGUCAGCGAGAAGAACGAGGAAGAACGAGGCAGCUUCCAGCCGCAGGACAACGUCAUGCUGCGCCUCUCCUAUCGCUUCUUACAGAAGGAGAAAGCGGUUCUGCGAUACGGCCCGUCUUACAAACUCAGUUACCGUGGCGAAGAUAUAACGCGCUCAUUUUGUGAUAAGUCCUUCGUCAACUGCGAUAAAAAGAACUGCAAGAUCCAGUCCCCCAACUUCCCAGGGAUAUACCCACGGAACCUCACAUGCUAUUAUUACAUCCGGCAGACUCACAUACCGGACGGAAAGAUCGCCCUCGUGCGGGUCCUCCAGCGAAAUCCUCACCUCAUUUACAUUAAGGACCGGAAUGCGCCGCACUUGUCCCGGGAGAGGCAGCUGGAGGUGGGGAAAUCCUGCCACACCCUCCACGAUUACCUGGUAGUGUUCGACGGAAAUAAGACAACAGCGCCUGUCCUGUCCACUUUCUGCAAAGGGGGCGCUGCGCUGACCGGCUUGACCUCCAGUGGGCCAGACAUGCUCUUGCUCUUUCACGCCUCGCCCUACGACUUUCCUUUCCAGGACUCUCCCCGCAGACGCACUUACGGCUUUGAAUUAGACGUUGAAGUAAAGUUUGUUGAUCGUGAAUCGACGGCCUACGUGCCUCGGGGUUCCAAGUGCGAGUACGUAAUAAGCAGUCAAGGUCAACGGAGUGGGUAUGUGCAGACUGUAGAGCAUUCCCUCUUAGCAAACACUACCUGCAUUUGGCAGCUUAAAGCGGGUAGCUCUGAAAUCGUAUGGUUAUACUUCCUGCACUACCGCCAUGUUCUGCACCCGGAGAUGCCUCGCCCAGCCAAAUGCCCGAACACAUUUCAAAUCCAUGAUGGACUUACCACCGGAACAGGCGAGGAAAAUUCAACAACGUUACUUGGCAAGUUCUGUAAACUAGAGAAAAUUCCACGUGUGUGCAGUGGCGUCCACGCCCCCAGCCCGCACUCGGCUUCCUGCUCACCUCAAGACAGUUAUGUGUCGACCCAGCCCGCCAUGACGCUGCUAUUAAGAUACGCUGCCGGCACUGCGCCUUCGCACGUCGAAUUUCUGGCAAGAUACGAGUUUGUUGAUACACGGCAGUGGGGGGAACCCACGCCUUGGGGAGGCCUGUGUGACCGCACCUUCAGAGUACGACCUGACCGUCUUUUUGCCUCUCCCAGAGAUGUGUUUAUGUUUGGUCGAGGUGGAGCUAAAAGACUCUUGUGUGAGUACACUUUCCAUGUGCCAUCACACCAGCGUAUUUCCCUACGCAUCUUAAGGUCGAAAAUGGGCUCGAACUGCACCACUGUGUAUCGCCAUGCUUCCCGACGUCAUGAAUGCUCUCACGGAGGUCAGCCGGGCGAGCCAGCCAUAAGGAUUACAGAGGAACCUUGGUCUUACGUGCCUGUAGAAAGGGCGUGCCUUUGCAACGUAUCCAACGGCCAGUCCUUCAACAUCAUUUCUUAUACAAACCGCAUCCGGCUGACAUUCAGCAUCUCGAACAUGACUCCAAAUGAGGAUUAUAACGAUUAUUUUUUUGAAGGGGAAUAUAACGUGCUAGAUGCGCCUCUGGAGGUCAUUGAGGGCUGCAACGAGACUGUUCGCCACCUGAACGGUCGUUAUGGGAAUUUCACAGUUGGUGCUGGGCGAGGAGACCUCUGUGCGGGGCUUCCGCGUCUGAUCAGCGCUACCGAUUCGUCUUUUCUUUUCCUGAGGGUGCGAGGCUUCACUGCUACAGACACUAACUGUGAAGUGGCUUCGAGGAUUAACGUUUUUGCAGCAGGAGGAAUCACACCUCUGGCCUCUAUCUGCCCCGAGCGUCGCGACGUUUUCACGCACAUCUUCAGCAGUGGGUGGGAAGACUACGAGUUUCGAUUCCAGUACGAGGAUGAAGACGAAUUCAUGUGGCAGAACGAGAGCAUUUCCACGAGCAGUUUACCGCCAACCACCACGGAAGAGUACGAUUUCAUAGAGCCUGUGAAACGUCCAGAAUCUCGAGACUUAUUUGUGGAAUAUAUUGGAAACUACUCCGGCCGCUUCCUAAUAUCCUGGGUUGGAAUCUGGAGGCCUUUGAGAAAACCCAGCGUCCCAACAGCCAAGGACGACCCUUGUCCCCAUCGCUGUCCAGACAUUAGUGCUUGUCUGCCAAAGGAAUUGUGGUGCGACGGAACGCCGCACUGUCCCUCCGGACUGGACGAGGGGGCUGCAGCUUGCGGUCUCUUGGCUGCGCUCCCUUGGGUCUACUUGGCAGCAGCUAGUGUCUUGUUGCUAUCGCUAGUCUCACUCUUUAUUGCAGUGAUUGUUCAUCGCAUACAAACACACAUGCAGAAGUCAGUGGUGGCUGCAGCGACGGCAGCAGUCAACAAUGGACACGGCCUGAAGAGCAACACCCAGGACCUCCUCAUACCCCCGGAGAAAGACAGCUGGUGA